AAAUCCGAUGGCCAGAAGGCUCUCUCCUCCUCUCUCCGGGGCAGAGACGCAGCGAGAGAGAAAGAAGUGAAACGGUCCGAGCGGCGGCGGGUGAAUGCGGCUCUUCCCCCAUCCAGGCUGAGCAUCCAACUUUUUACAAACCUCGAUCAUGGGGAGGCCCUCAACGGCAGUGUCUUUCCUUCUGCUCCUCUUCUGGCUGGGGUCUUCAUGGGAGGCACGUCUUCCCCAUCCUCUCAUCCCUUCCAAUGCAACCAUCUUCUCCCAUGUCUACACAAUUAAGGUGGCAGGAGAGGACACAGAAAAUGAGGGUGCCUCCCCACCUCCCCAAGAGGCCUUAGGCCCUCCUGGCUCUUCUCAGGGAGGGGGCCUGUACAAGCACACCCUGGAAGGAUCUGAUCAAGAGCAUGUGGUUUUCACCCAUCGCAUCAACCUCCCACAGCAGUCCUGUGGGUGUCCACCUGGCACUGAAGAUACCCAGGAGCUCUGGAGAAGGUUGCAGGCCCUUGAGAAUGAAGUCCGGGUCCUGCAGGAGACUUGCCAAGCUGGGGGAGGCUGUUGCCCUGCUGCACCCACCAGUACCCAAGCCAGCGAAGGCCAAACAGACAUUCGCACGUUAUGUUCACACCACGGCUCCUUCGACCUCUCUCGCUGCCUGUGCGAAUGCGAGUCGGGUUGGGGCGGCCCCACCUGUGCCGAGCCGGUCUGCUCCGGAGGCUGCGGUGGCCCGGAUCGUGGCAGAUGCGUCGACGGGCACUGCCAAUGCCAGCCCGGCUACUCGGGGGUCAGCUGCGAAGAACGCCCUUCUUGCCCCGACGACUGCAACGACCAAGGGCGCUGCGUGGACGGGCGCUGCGCCUGCUUCCCAGGAUACGUGGGUCCGUCCUGCUCCGACCCAGUUUGUCCCCAGAACUGCCACGGACACGGCCAGUGCGUCUCGGGACGGUGCGUGUGCAACCCCGGUUACUCCGGGGUUGACUGUGCAACCCGGGCUUGCCCGAGCAACUGCAACAGGCGUGGAGAAUGCCGUGACGGACGCUGCGUGUGUGAGCCGGGCUUCACAGGGCCGGCCUGCGGCACCAAGACUUGCCCCAACGAUUGCAACCAGCGAGGCCACUGUCUGCAGGGAGGGGUGUGUACCUGCCACCCGGACUACACCGGACCCGACUGCGGCCAGCUGGCAUGCCCGGCGGACUGCAGUGGCCACGGAGAGUGUCAGAACGGAGCAUGCCUCUGCCACAACGGCUAUUCGGGGGAAGACUGUUCGAUAGAGAUUCCAUCCAUUGGCGUCCGUGUCUCAAAUCGAGAUGAAACGUCUUUCCGCCUGGAGUGGAGCCACCCUGAGAUUUCUGUGGACGGAUACGAGAUCCACGUGACACCCAUGCAGGAUCCUCAGGCGGGCAAAUCCAUACGCUUGACUGGCACUGAAACAGUCUUUGAAUACUCAGGAUUAAAACCGGGGGAGGAAUACACAGUCACCGUUCGGGCAGAAAAAGGGGAACACUUUGGCCCCCCUGUCACCCAGACCUUGCGUACACGAGUGGCUUCUCCCACUGGCCUACAGUCAUCACAAGUGACAGAAGACUCCCUGACCGUGCAGUGGGAACCGCCUGCUUCACGCCCGGAUGGCUACAUCCUCAGCUAUGUCCCUCUGGUUUCCACUCGACCCAUCCCCGCCAUGAAACGGGUAGAGCUGCCGGCAGCCCCUGAGCGUGUUACCUUGGACGACCUGGAGAGCAGAACACGAUACCGCAUCACCUUGGUGGCCCGUCAGAGUGGUGAGAACAGCCGAGCCACCAGCAUCGUCGUCAGCACCACAGCACCAGCGCCAAUCCAACCAAGCCGCCACUACUUGACACCACCCCCCUCUUCUCCCAAAAAGCCAGACACUUCCUCUUCUGAGCCUGAAGUGAAGAAACCAGGCACUAAGCCACAUCCGGGUCGCAGACCAUCCAGUGCCACCUUACUGACUAAGGAAUAUUUCCUCAAGAGGAUGACCGAGAAUAUCUCAUCUAAACUUUCCCUAUACAAUGGGACCCUCCUUGAACGGCUAGAGAGCUACCUCCGUGCCAUCAGUUUCCCUCUCCGGGGCAAUCAGACGAUCCAGAGUGUGGCCAGGGACAUAUACCUCUAUCUCAAACGUGUAAAGCCAAUUGAAUUUCAAGAGAGGGUUGAAGAACGUCUCAUCAAAGAAACUAGCAGUUUGCCUCUGAAAAGGGAAUUCCCAGCAGCCAAAGCAGAUAGCGUCUACGCAGAUGGAUAUCUCCGUCCAGACCACGCCAAGCCAGCGGUGCUGACCAACUCCCCAGACCAUAUUGAGGUGUCUUUGGACAGCGUGAGAGGGGUCUCUGACAAUGUGGUCAUCCGCUACCGAAACUUGGUGAAUGGAGAACAAAGGGAGUUAGUGGUCCCUGGAGAUGCUUCUACGGCAGUCAUCACCGGACUGUCUCCUGGAACAACCUACCUGAUGGAAAUCCAUGGUGUCAUGAAAGGACAUUCCUCUAAAUCAUACUCCUUUAUAACUGCCACAGCUCCAAGUUCACCAACUGACAAGAUCCAAACCAUCGCCCCACCCACCUUAACUCCUGAAGCUCCACUGAGGAACCUACAGGUGACCAACGUCUCUCCAGACCGUCUCCAUGUGACUUGGUCAGCCCCACCCGAUUCUUUCCACAACUUUUCCCUCUACUAUAGGGACCCCAAAUCAGGUGCACCCCCAGAAAAAAUCAGCAUUCCAGGAACAGAGAGAAGUGUCAACGUAGUGGGUUUACACCCUGGUACUGAGUAUGAAAUGGAGUUACAUGGAGAGACAUCUGGUGGAACCUAUGGCGCUCCCCUCUUGACAAAGAUAAUUACAGAACCGGAGGAGCCCACCCUGGGAGGCCUCUUUCUUCUAGAAGUCACAGACACUUCAGCCCACCUUUCCUGGGAUACCCCCACUGGGGCUUUUGACUCCUUUGUGAUCCAAUAUAAAGAUGCUCAGGGCAAACCCAAGGUGCUCCGAAUGGACAAGAGCUCCCAAGAAGCCAUGAUUUCUAACUUGGUGCCAUCUCGAAAAUACAAAUUCAACCUUUAUGCGCUCCUAGGCCGUAAGCCUUUUGGCCCAGUGUCCUUGGAGAUGAUUACAGACUCUGGCAGCACAGGAAAAGCUGUACCCACUUUGAAAGACCUUUCUGCCACUGUCACUGGCAAUUCUGCCCAUUUGUCCUGGACGGUCCCCUCUGGCACCUUCGAUUCCUUUUUAAUCCAAUACAAAGAUGCUAAAGGCAGGCUCCAAGAACUCCCCACUGAGGGAGAUUCCCGUGAAAUCACCAUCCCCAACCUGGCUCCUUCCCACAGAUACAGAUUCAACCUCUAUGGCAUCUCCAACAACAGACGUCUGGGUCCUGCCUCUAUAACUUUCAUCACAGCGUCACAGGAGGAUGUGUCCAUAUCCGAACUUGUCCUCAGUGAUCUGUCUGUGUCAGAGGUGACCAGCAACUCUGUCCACCUCACAUGGAGAGUCCCUACAGGCAGAUUUGAUUCCUUUUUGCUUCAGUACCAAGACUCAGAAGGCAAUGAUCAAGCCCUGCCUGUGGACCGAGAUUCCCAUGAAGUCAUCAUUCCCAACUUGGUUCCCUCCCAAAGAUACAAAUUCAACCUUUAUGGCAUCUUUGGGACACAGCGCCUUGGACCUCUCUUUGCAGAUGCUGUGACAGCAACAGUUCAGGAACCAAAAAAGGAGAAACCAGAUGGGACCACAGUGAUUAAGCCCAGCCUGGGGGAGCUCUCGGUCCUUGAUGUCACAAGUGAUUCUGUACACCUCCGUUGGACCGUCCCCACCGGGAGCUUUGAUUCUUUCCUGGUCCAGUACAAGGAUGCAGACGGCCAACCCCAAGCCUUGCCCCUGGAGGGAGAUUCCCAUGAAGUCACUGUGACCAACUUGGCCCCUUCCCGCAGAUACAAGUUCAACCUCUAUGGGGUCUCUGGGCGCAAACGGUCCAGCCCCCUCUCCACCGAUGCCACCACAGCUCAAACCAAAGAGUCUGAGAAGCCAGCUUCUUUCCAACCCAGCCUGGGGGAGCUCUCGGUCCUUGAUGUCACAAGUGAUUCUGUCCGUCUCCAUUGGACCGUCCCCACUGGGAGCUUUGACUCCUUCCUGGUCCAGUACAAGGAUGCAGACGGCCAACCCCAAGCAUUGCCCCUGGAGGGAGACUCCCGUGAAGUCACUGUGACCAACCUGGCUCCUUCCCGCAGAUACAAGUUCAACCUCUAUGGAGUGUCCGGGCGCAAACGGUCCAGCCCCCUCUCCACCGAUGCCACCACAGGUCAGCUUCAGGGGUCCAAGGCAAUUCCUGUCCAACCCAGCCUGGGGGAGCUCUCAGUCCUUGAUGUCACAAGUGAUUCUGUCCAUCUCCGUUGGACUGUCCCCACCGGGAGCUUUGAUUCUUUCCUGGUCCAGUACAAGGAUGCAGACGGCCAACCCCAAGCGUUGCCCGUGGAGGGAGACUCCCAUGAAGUCACUGUGACCAACUUGGCCCCUUCCCGCAGAUACAAGUUCAACCUCUAUGGAGUCUCCGGGCGCAAACGCACCGGCCCCCUCUCCACUGAUGCCACAACAGUGCACCCUACAGACUCAGAGGAGCCAAUUCCUGUCCAACCCAGCCUGGGGGAGCUCUCAGUCCUUGAUGUCACAAGCGAUUCUGUCCGUCUCCGUUGGACCGUCCCCACCGGGAGCUUUGACUCCUUCCUGGUCCAGUACAAGGAUGCAGAGGGCCAACCCCAAGCGUUGCCCGUGGAGGGAGGCUCCAAUGAAGUCACUGUGACCAACCUGGCUCCUUCCCGCAGAUACAAGUUCAACCUCUAUGGAGUGUCCGGACACAAACGCUCCGGCCCCCUCUCCACCGAUGCCACCACAGCCCACAUUACAGAAUCAGAGGAGCCAAUUCCUGUCCAACCCAGGCUGGGGGAGUUCUCAAUCCUUGAUGUCACAAGCGAUUCUGUCCGUCUCCAUUGGACCGUACCGACUGGGAGCUUUGACUCUUUCCUGGUCCAGUACAAGGAUGCAGAUGGCCAACCCCAAGCCUUGCCUGUGGAGGGAGGCUCCAAUGAAGUCACUGUGACCAACCUGGCUCCUUCCCGCAGAUACAAGUUCAACCUCUAUGGGGUCUCUGGGCACAAACGGUCCAGCCCCCUCUCCACCGAUGCCACCACAGUGCACCCUACAGACACAGAGGAGCCAAUUCCUGUCCAACCCAGCCUGGGGGAGUUCUCAGUCCUUGAUGUCACAAGCGAUUCUGUCCGUCUCCAUUGGAUCGUCCCCACUGGGAGCUUUGACUCCUUCCUGGUCCAGUACAAGGAUGCAGAUGGCCAACCCCAAGCCCUGCCUGUGGAGGGAGGCUCCAAUGAAGUCACUGUGACCAACCUGGCUCCUUCCCGCAGAUACAAGUUCAACCUCUAUGGAGUCUCCGGGCGCAAACGCUCCGGCCCCCUCUCCACUGAUGCCACAACAGCCCGCCUUAGACACUCAGAGGAGGCAAUUCCUGUCCAACCCAGCCUGGGGGAGCUCUCGGUCCUUGAUGUCACAAGCGAUUCUGUCCGCCUCCAUUGGACCGUCCCCACCGGGAGCUUUGACUCCUUCCUGGUCCAGUACAAGGAUGCAGAGGGCCAACCCCAAGCGUUGCCCGUGGAGGGAGGCUCCAAUGAAGUCACUGUGACCAACCUGGCUCCUUCCCGCAGAUACAAGUUCAACCUCUAUGGAGUCUCCGGGCGCAAACGCACCGGCCCCCUCUCCACCGAUGCCACCACAGCCCGUCUUACAGACACACAGGAGGCAGUUCCUGUCCAACCCAGCCUGGGGGAGCUCUCAGUCCUUGAUGUCACAAGCGAUUCUGUCCGCCUCCAUUGGACCGUCCCCACCGGGACCUUUGACUCUUUCCUGGUCCAGUACAAGGAUGCAGACGGCCAACCCCAAGCAUUGCCUGUGGAGGGAGGCUCCAACGAAGUCACUGUGACCAACCUGGCUCCUUCCCACAGAUACAAGUUCAACCUCUAUGGAGUCUCCGGGCGCAAACGCACCGGCCCCCUCUCCACCGAUGCCACCACAGCCCGCCUUAGAGACUCAGAGGAGGCAAUUCCUGUCCAACCCAGCCUGGGGGAGCUCUCAGUCCUUGAUGUCACAAGUGAUUCUGUCCAUCUCCAUUGGACCGUCCCCACCGGGAGCUUUGACUCCUUCCUGAUCCAGUACAAGGAUGCAGAUGGUCAACCCCAAGCAUUGCCUGUGGAGGGAGGCUCCAACGAAGUCACUGUGACCAACCUGGCUCCUUCCCGCAGAUACAAGUUCAACCUCUAUGGAGUCUCCGGGCGCAAACGCACCGGCCCCCUCUCCACUGAUGCCACCACAGCCCGCCUUAGAGACUCAGAGGAGGCAAUUCCUGUCCAACCCAGCCUGGGGGAGCUCUCAGUCCUUGAUGUCACAAGUGAUUCUGUCCGUCUCCAUUGGACCGUCCCCACCGGGAGCUUUGACUCCUUCCUGGUCCAGUACAAGGAUGCAGAUGGUCAACCCCAAGCAUUGCCUGUGGAGGGAGGCUCCAACGAAGUCACUGUGACCAACCUGGCUCCUUCCCGCAGAUACAAGUUCAACCUCUAUGGAGUCUCCGGGCGCAAACGCACCGGCCCCCUCUCCACUGAUGCCACCACAGACUCAGAGGAGGCAAUUCCUGUCCAACCCAGCCUGGGGGAGUUCUCAGUCCUUGAUGUCACAAGUGAUUCUGUCCGUCUCCAUUGGACCGUCCCCACCGGGAGCUUUGACUCCUUCCUGAUCCAGUACAAGGAUGCAGAUGGUCAACCCCAAGCAUUGCCUGUGGAGGGAGGCUCCAACGAAGUCACUGUGACCAACCUGGCUCCUUCCCGCAGAUACAAGUUCAACCUCUAUGGAGUCUCCGGGCGCAAACGCACCGGCCCCCUCUCCACUGAUGCCACCACAGCCCGCCUUACAGACUCAGAGGAGGCAAUUCCUGUCCAACCCAGCCUGGGGGAGCUCUCGGUCCUUGAUGUCACAAGCAAUUCUGUCCGUCUCCAUUGGACCGUCCCCACCGGGAGCUUUGACUCCUUCCUGGUCCAGUACAAGGAUGCAGAUGGUCAACCCCAAGCAUUGCCUGUGGAGGGAGGCUCCAAUGAAGUCACUGUGACCAAUCUGGCUCCUUCCCGCAGAUACAAGUUCAACCUCUAUGGAGUCUCCGGGCGCAAACGCACCGGCCCCCUCUCCACUGAUGCCACCACAGGUCAGCUUCAGGAAUCAAUAGACUCAGAGGAGGCAAUUCCUGUCCAACCCAGCCUGGGGGAGUUCUCAGUCCUUGAUGUCACAAGUGAUUCUGUCCGCCUCCAUUGGACCGUCCCCACCGGGAGCUUUGACUCCUUCCUGGUCCAGUACAAGGAUGCAGAUGGUCAACCCCAAGCAUUGCCUGUGGAGGGAGGCUCCAACGAAGUCACUGUGACCAACCUGGCUCCUUCCCGCAGAUACAAGUUCAACCUCUAUGGAGUCUCCGGGCGCAAACGCACCGGCCCCCUCUCCACUGAUGCCACCACAGGUCAGCUUCAGGAAUCAAUAGACUCAGAGGAGGCAAUUCCUGUCCAACCCAGCCUGGGGGAGUUCUCUGUCCUUGAUGUCACAAGCGAUUCUGUCCGCCUCCAUUGGACCGUCCCCACCGGGAGCUUUGACUCCUUCCUGGUCCAGUACAAGGAUGCAGAUGGUCAACCCCAAGCAUUGCCUGUGGAGGGAGGCUCCAACGAAGUCACUGUGACCAACCUGGCUCCUUCCCGCAGAUACAAGUUCAACCUCUAUGGAGUCUCCGGGCGCAAACGCACCGGCCCCCUCUCCACUGAUGCCACCACAGGUCAGCUUCAGGAAUCAAUACAGAAGAAAGAUUGUAAUGUUGAGAAGGAAGUGCCUGUCCAACCCAGCCUGGGGGAGCUCUCGGUCCUUGAUGUCACAAGCAAUUCUGUCCAUCUCCAUUGGACUGUCCCCACCGGGAGCUUUGACUCCUUCCUGGUCCAGUACAAGGAUGCAGAGGGCCAACCCCAAGCGUUGCCCGUGGAGGGAGGCUCCAAUGAAGUCACUGUGACCAACCUGGCUCCUUCCCGCAGAUACAAGUUCAACCUCUAUGGAGUCUCCGGGCGCAAACGCUCCGGCCCCCUCUCCACCAAUGCCACCACAGCUCACAUUACAGACUCAGAGGAGCCAAUUCCUGUCCAACCCAGCCUGGGGGAGUUCUCAAUCCUUGAUGUCACAAGCGAUUCUGUCCGUCUCCAUUGGACCGUCCCCACCGGGAGCUUUGACUCCUUCCUGGUCCAAUACAAGGAUGCAGAGGGCCAACCCCAAGCGUUGCCUGUGGAGGGAGGCUCCAAUGAAGUCACUGUGACCAGCCUGGCUCCUUCCCGCAGAUACAAGUUCAACCUCUAUGGAGUCUCCGGGCGCAAACGCUCCGGCCCCCUCUCCAUCGAUGCCACCACAGCCCGCCUUACAGACUCAGAGGAGGCAAUUCCUGUCCAACCCAGCCUGGGGGAGCUCUCAGUCCUUGAUAUCACAAGCAAUUCUGUCCGACUCCAUUGGACCGUCCCCACCGGGAGCUUUGACUCCUUCCUGGUCCAGUACAAGGAUGCAGAGGGCCAACCCCAAGUCUUGCCUGUGGAUGGAAGCUCUCAUGAAGUCACUGUGAGCAACCUGGCCCCCUCCCACCGAUAUAAGUUCAUCCUCUAUGGAGUCUCUGGGAGGAAGAAGACUAGUGUCCUCUCUGCUGAUGCCUUAACAGCCCCAUCUUCAGACCCAGAGGAGGCAGUUCCUGUCCAACCCAGCCUGGGGGAGUUCUCAGUCCUUGAUGUCACAAGCGAUUCUGUCCGCCUCCAUUGGACCGUCCCCACCGGGAGCUUUGACUCCUUCCUGGUCCAGUACAAGAAUGCAGAUGGUCAACCCCAAGCAUUGCCCCUGGAGGGAGGCUCCAAUGAAGUCACUGUGACCAACCUGGCUCCUUCCCGCAGAUACAAGUUCAACCUCUAUGGAGUCUCCGGGCGCAAACGGUCCAGCCCCCUCUCCACCGAUGCCACCACAGCCCCAUUAGCCACAAGACCACCAGUUCAGCCCAGCUUGGGAGAGCUUUCUGUUUCCAACAUCACCCAUAAUUCUGCCCUUCUCUCAUGGACCGUCCACACUGGGAACUUUGACUCUUUUGUGAUCCAGUACAAGAACGUGGAUGGCAAGCCCCAAGCCAUACCUGUGGAAGGGAGCUCUUAUGAAGUCAUCGUCCCCAGCCUGGUUCCUGCCCGCAGAUAUAAGUUUAACCUCUACGGAGUCUCCAGUCACAAGCGUUUUGGCCCAGUUUCUGUGGACGCCGUCACAGCACCAGGUCCACAGGACCCUGUGAUUCCUCCCAGCCUAGGAGAGCUCUCUGCUUCAGAGAUCACCAGCAAUUCUGUCCGUCUGUCCUGGAGCGUCCUCACGGGGCGCUUUGACUCUUUUGCAAUUCAGUACAAGGACGCCGAAGGCCAGGCCCAGGCAGUUCCGGUGGAGGGAGAUUUGCGUGAGAUCACCGUCCCCAACCUGGUUCCAUCCCGCAGAUACAAGUUCAACCUUUAUGGACUUUCCGGUCGCAAGCGCAUGGGCCCUAUUUCUACUGAUGCCGUCACAGCAACAGCGGACAAUGAGAAGCAACAAGGGGUGGGCCCGGAGGUCCCUGCUGCAACGAGCCCCCAGAUGGGCAUGCUCUCAGUCCUAGAGGUCACCGGUAAUUCAGCCCGGCUGUCGUGGAGUGUCCCAGUGGGAAGCUUUGAUUCUUUCUCAGUCCAGUACAAAGAUGUCGAGGGAAGACCACAGGCGUAUCCUUUAAGAGGAGAGUCCCGGGAGGUCACCAUUUCCAAUCUAUCACCUUCCCACAAAUACAAGUUCAAUCUUUAUGGUAUCUCUGGGAAACAGCGACUCGGACCAAUCUCUGCCCAAGCGGUGACAACAGCUGCAGAAACAUCUGGACAGGUUGACAAAAAGGAACAAGCGGAGGAAACUACAGCCAAGAGCAUUCAGCCCAGCCUUGGAGAUGUCGCUAUCUCUGAGGUCACCCCUAAUUCCCUUCUCCUCUCCUGGAGCAUCCAGGAAGGAAGCUUUGACUCUUUCAUCAUCCAGUACAAGGACGCUGCAGGCAACCCACAGACAGUACCUGUUGACGGAGCCAUGCGCUCCCUCCAUCUCUACAACCUCACACCUGCACAGACAUAUCAGUUUGACAUAUUUGGAGUUUCUGGCUACAAGCACCUUGGGCCUCUCUCAGUUCACACCAUGACAGAAGUAUCUGAAGAAGUGACCGUUUGGCCCCAGCUAGGAAACCUCUCUGUCUCUCAGGUUACUAACAACUCAGUGGCUUUGUUCUGGACCCUGGCUGCUGGACAUUUUGAUUCUUUCUUGCUCCAGUACAAGGACUCAGAGGGCAGGCCCCAAGUGCUGUCCUUGAACGGCACGUCACGCAACAUCAUCAUCCCCAACCUGGCUCCUUCUCACAGAUACAAGUUUAACCUUUACGGCCUGAGUGGGCGCAAACGCCUCGGUCCCAUUUCUACCACUGCCGUCACAGGCCAAGGCACCCAACCGCUGAAGCUUGGAACACUGUCAGCUCAUAACAUCACAUCGCAAUCCCUUCUGCUGUCCUGGACUGUGGAAUCUGGGAAUUUUGACUCCUUUAUUAUCCAGUACCGGGACGCGGGGGGCAAAUCCCACGCGCUGCCUGUAGAUGGCAGCUUGCGUUUGCUGCGGUUCCACGACUUGGUCCCUUCACACCGAUACAAGUUCAACCUUUAUGGGGUCUCCCGUCGCAAGCGUCUUGGGCCCAUAUCUGUGGAGGCUGUCACAGUCCCAAAACCUUCUGGGCUGCAAGUUGCUCCUCAACCCAGUUUGGGGAAGCUCUCAGCUUCCAACGUCACCGGCACAUCUCUUCGUCUGACCUGGAGGGUCUUGACUGGCAAAUUUGAAUCCUUCAGCAUCGAGUACAGAGACGCAGAGGGCAAUCCCCAGGGGCUGUCCGUAGAUAGCAAUGCCCGGGACAUUGUCAUUUCCAACUUGGUGCCCUCCCACAGAUAUAAGUUCAACCUCUAUGGCAUCUCUCAGCAGAAACGGUUAGGUCCGGUUUCUACGGAAGCAGUCACAGUCCGAGGGAAGGACUCAGAGACAAAACCCAAGCUGGGUGAUCUCGCCAUCUCCGGAGUCACCAACGAUUCUGUCCGCCUUUCGUGGACGAUCUCGUCUGGGAAAUUUGACUCUUUCCUCGUCCAAUACAAAGAUGCCCAAGGGAAGCCUCAAACUGUGCCUGUCGGUGUGGACUCCCAGACAGUUUUCAUCUCUAACCUAAUACCUUCCCACAAAUAUAAGUUCAGCCUCUACGGUCUCUCUGGGAAAAAGCAGUUUGGACCCGUCUCUAUCGAUGCUGUCACAGCAGCUUUCUCAGAAAGCACCAGCAGUCCAGCUCCCUCGCUCGAUCACCUUGUUGUCUCUGAAGUGACGUCCAUGACGCUGCAGCUCACCUGGGAUGUUCCUGAGGGAGAGUUUGAUUCCUUCCGAGUUCAAUGGAAGGACUCCUUGGGAGGUGGCCAAAGGCCCGCCCAGGCCAAAGAAAUUAAAGUGCCUGGGGAUGAGCGCUCCGUCACUCUGCAGGGACUUGCACCCAGUACUGAAUACAGCCUUACCGUCUAUGGCAUCAAGGAUGAGUCAGAAGUGGCCGAUAUCCACACAGGAGCCAGGACAAGCGGACUAGAGCUGGAUGGUCCCCAGGACUUGCGGUUCAGUGACAUUCAUGAGACCUCUGUGGUGGCCAACUGGAGACCCCCAUCCUCUCGCAUUGAUGGCUACAAAGUUUCUUUCCAGCCCUCGGAUGGGGGAGAGCCCAGAAGCAUUCCAGUGGAUGGAUCGAAACUCAGGACAAUCAUCGAGGGUCUGACUCCUGGGGCCAGCUAUGAGGUUGCUGUGAUGUCUAUCCGUGGGUUUGAAGAGAGUGAGCCGUUGGUGGGUUAUGUCACCACAGUGCCAGAUGGUCCUUCUGAUUUGCGUGCUGUCAAUGUGACCGAUACUUCUGCCGUGCUGACGUGGCGUCCUGCCGUGGCUGAGAUGAACAACUACAUUGUCACUUACGGGCCUAUCACUGGCCCACAGGUCUCCGAAUCAGUACCAGGAAAUCGUGUCCAGCUGCAGCUGACGGAGCUGCAUCGGGGCAUGGAAUAUUGGGCUAAUGUCUAUGGGGAAAAGGAAGGAAACCGGAGUUCUCCAAUCAGUGCAACUUUCACAACUGGAGCAGAUGGGCCCCGGGAUCUUCAUGCUACAGAAAUUUCACCCCGCAGUGUGCAUCUCACCUGGUCACCCCCUCGUGCCUCAUCUGAGGGGUAUCUGUUGAGUUAUGAAACCCCCGAUGGACAAUCAAAGGAGGUCCCUCUGGAUGCUUCCGUCACCUUGUAUGAACUUCAAGAUCUCAUUCCUUCAAGCCGGUACCAGGUCCAAGUCCAGGCAGUGAGGAGAGGCACACCAACAGCUCCCAUCUCCACGUCCUUCACCACUGGGCAUCUGACAUACCCCUUCCCUCGGGACUGCUCGGAAGAAAUCCAGAACGGGCCAGGACCCUCACGAGUAACAACCAUUUAUCUAGGGGGCAACCGGGAACGUCCCUUGUGGGUGUUCUGUGACAUGGAGACAGAUGGGGGAGGCUGGAUUGUCUUCCAACGUCGGAUGAACGGUGAGACGGAUUUCUGGCGGGAUUGGCGGGAUUAUGCUCAAGGCUUUGGCAACCUCACCCGGGAAUUUUGGCUAGGGAAUGAUGCUCUGCACCAGCUGACAUCUUCAGGGGACUACGAGCUACGCGUGGAUCUCCGUGCUGGGAAUGAGUCGGUCUAUGCCACCUAUCAGAGCUUCCGCGUGGAUCCUCCAGCUGAUUAUUACCGCCUGCAUCUGGGCAGUUACCAUGGCACAGCUGGCGAUGCCUUCAGCUACCACUCAGGAAGUGUUUUCUCCACUCGGGACCGGGACCCGAAUCGGGUCAUCAUCCCCUGCGCCAUCUCUUACCGUGGGGCGUGGUGGUAUCGCAACUGCCACUACGCCAACCUCAAUGGGCUCUACUUUAACAACCGUGAUCACCAGGGUGUCAACUGGUUUAACUGGAAAGGAUUUGAGUUUGCCAUUCCUUUCACUGAGAUGAAACUGCGGCCCAGCGCCUUCCACCCUCGGCAGCGGUCCUGAGCAGGAGGGUCCAGGUGCCGACGCAGGAUGGACCAUAAGGCAGAGAGAGCAAUGGAGGAAAAGCAGCAGCAACAGCAGAAAAUCCCAACAACAGCCCCUUUGCAACAGGAUACCUCACACCUGGCCUUUAUUCUGCUUUUCUGGCCCACCCUGAGAAAAAGAAGAAUGGAUCAAAACCAAGAAAAGCACUUUGUAUUAUAAUCUCACUGUCCGGUUGUUGAGACUUGAGACAUCCGCGUAAGUCAAAAGGAAGAGAUAGCUCAGAAACAGAGUUUAAGAGGAUGGAAGCAAUUAAUCUGAAUGAUAGUUGAUUUUGGGGGAGAGCUUUAAAGAGAGCAAAGAGGGCAGGCUGGAGAGCAGAGCUUCGGCCCCCGAGACCUGGUUCCCUUCACUCCACUUAGUUCUGUGUCUGGGAUCAGUGAGUUUGCAGCAUCCCAAGGCCAGAUUCUGACCCAGAGUCUCUACGUCUUGACCCCUUUUGCUCCACAUCAGCUCACCAGCUAAAGAUUUUUCUCUUCCCUCUUCAACCUUACUCUGAAUCCAGACCUCUUUUUCUUCUUCCUGCAAAUACUAUUCAAAAUGGAGCUAAAGUCAUAGGUAGUUGGUGAAUGCAGCUUAACAUAAAAGCACUUUUAAUGUUUUGUUCUUUAAUUCCUUUCACCCCCUGUGGAAGCCUUGUGAACUUAAGCCACAGACCGUUCUCCCCACCAUCAGCUUUUUGACUCUUGUUGAAGUAAUCUGAGAGAGAUCACUAAAACCCAGAGGUAGGGGACAAAUUGAAAAAGAUUGCAGAGUGGAAAAAAGAACUGAAGAAAAUGGGAAAGAGCUCGGAUUCAUUCUUGUCCUCGCAAUAAUAAUACCCCCAAAGUCAAUUUAAUGCAGUCAAAGGUACAAUAAUUCUCGCAAUAAUAAUACCCCCAAAGUCAAUUUAAUGCAGUCAAAGGUACAAUAAUUCUCUUUCUAUUUAUAGCAAGAUAGGCCAGUUGUUAUGUUCUGUGGACUCCCUCUCUUUUCCUUAUACUGUACCAGAUUUUGGGGAUCAAAUCAGGAUUAUUUCUCACUUAAAUUCUGAGCUUGUGUUUUUAAAUGUUUUCAGGAAAUUCCUGUGCCUAGAAACCUAGCAUUUUAUGGAUGGCUAGGCUAAAUUCCUUCUUCCUUGCUCUCCAGUUUUUCUAAGUGUAGUGGAUUUGUUUAAACAGUAUGGACCAAAUCCAUGUUGACACUUUCCAGAAAAAAGAGUAUUUUCCUGCCUCUUAGCAGUACAUAAAGCCUUGUGGUUGGGCACUCACUAUAUAGGGAAUAAUUGUAUUGUGAGCUCUAUAAUUGUAAGGUAUUUGCUAUCCCAGUGUUUCUUAAACCGGGGGCAGUUAUCUCCAAGGGGGUAAUUUGGGUAAAUCCUGGGGGCAAUGGAGCAAUUGGUAAUUGCCGUUUGUGAGCUGAGGGUCCAGUUUGGGAAUGCUACUGCUGAGACACUUGUGUAAAAUAACAGAGUCAGUUGUUUUGUGAGGAUAAUGACAUUAUUUGAGACCACAAAAAGAGUCAUUUGGGUCAAACAGUUUAAGAACCACUGUGCUAUCCUGUUCCUCCCCUAACCUGGUGUCUUUAUGGGUUAGACUAAGUCCAUCCAGAAUUAUGGGAAAUACAGCAGAUAUAGCUGGAGUUUGAGAAAGACUGAGGUGUAUGUCAGGAUUAGCCAGAGUUUUCAUACAAAAUCAGAGAGAGGAAAAUGCAAUCCAUACGUGGGAAUGGCCUCCCAAUUGAUCUGUUUUCUGAGCCAAGCUGGGACCAAACAUUCUGUGUCCACUUUUUGAAUCCAUCUCUUUAGUGGACCAGACAGACUUCCUUUGAACGAUCCAAAGAGAUCAAAAUGUUGUAUUACGAUCAUACUUUUUAAUGAUCAAUUUACUAAUAAAUUAGUACAAACAACCGGCUGAAUGAAAGGCAGAAUUCCCAGAUUUGUUUAAAGGUCAAUCGCCAAUAGUCCUGAUUGUAACCAGAGAGUGGUAGGAUUAUAAAUUGUAAAGUGGGACAGGGAGAGAUGCUUAAUAAAAUCCUAACGUCCUAUCUCCUAAUUUUCCCUUUCUCAAAUAGUUUUAGCUAAUUUUAUCUCCCUGCAGUCUUCUCAAACUAGUAAUUAUAUCACUGAGCGUUCUUUUUCUUCACUGGAAAUGUGGAAUGUGGAGAUAAUACCACCACCACCAUCUGAUCUUGAAGCACAAUUGAAGAUUAGAGUUCUGGGGCCUGUCUUCAAGACAGAAAUUCAAGCCUGAUCCCAGUGCAGAAAACCUGGGAGAAGACCAGGAUCUGAAGGGACACAGAGGAGAACUUGACCAGUGACCCCAGCAAGACCUUGAAUCUGUCCAUCAUUUUCCACAUGGCUCAUCCAGCACCUUUCUGGGCUAACACUAGUGACUUGGGCAAAUGCUGUUGUUUGAACUGAGUAAAGAUGAGGCAAACAGACUUGCAUAUUUGGCUCAACACAACGUGGGAACAAAGUUGUGCCUCUUUGGGACUUCCAUGGCCUUUGAUUGCUGCAUCUCUCUUCAGCCGCUUGAUAUCAGAAGCAGGAGGUGGAAGAGUCCACAAGAAGAGAUUUUUUUUCUUCUUCUUCUUAGGGGGCAUCAAGGGCACAUUGCACCCAGCAGGUGUCUUUACGACUUGAGGGAGGGCAGGAUAUUUGCACAAAUUGGGUGGGAGGGAAAGGCAAGCUGUAAAGUAUUGUUUCUUUAUAAGGGAGUGGAAUAAAACUCUUCUAUAAGAAGUGCUUGGAAAAAAGUUAUUUUUAGAUCAUGGUGAAAAAAAAAUGUUUAAAAUAAAAAUCAAAUAUUUUUUAAAAACAGAGA